GAAUCAUUUUAUCUCUCUUUCGCGCGCGCUCCUUUUCUCUCUUUCUCUCUCCCUUUUCCUCUAUCUCGCUCUCGCAUACGUCGAAAUGUCCGCGUAUACUCAUACACAUGAAAUCGUGCCCGCGUGCGGCCAUCGACGUUGACGUCGACGACGAGGACGAAAACGACAACGACGUUCGUUCCGCCGUGGAGGAAUCGUGAAAGUGGCUGGCGGCAGCGGCAGCGGCCAAUAAUGCACACGCAGGACGCGUGGAGACGACAGCGCGAGUGACGAUAGCUUUUAGAUCUCAAACACUGCUGUAAAUCAGACCGUACUAUUUCACAAGCAGCAUGAAUAAUCCUUAUCGAGCCAGACCUACUGCCAGGUCGCGGGUGGAUCAUUCGGCUGCAUAUGGAAUGCAUAAUCAAAAUAUGUGGAUACCCAUGUCGAGACCCCAAUCGGAUAUUCCACCAAACGACACUCAGCAGUCCCUUGUAAACCAAUCAAAACAUGCUAGUGAUACGUGGAAGGAUCCCUGGGACUGGAAUCUCGACCAACAAUCGGAUACCCAACAGCAACAACUACCAUCACAACAAAACUAUGUAUCCUCGUAUCAGAAUCAAGGGCAGUCAAUAUCCAGUUCCACAUCUCAAAACCAUUAUUACAAGAAAAUCAAUGGUAAUAUGUCCGAUGUACUUAACCAGAAUUCCAUGUCAGACAGAAAUACUCCAAGAUCGGAGGUUGUUCAUCAGGCUGGAUCGAAUUACGCGGACUCUUUGCCACCCUAUGCGAACUAUAAUCAAAAUCAGCAGUAUCCAUUGCCCCCUCGACAGAACAGCGCAAAAUCCGAUUACGAGCAUGCUCAGUGGAAUGCGAAUGAGCAGCAGAGACUCGUGCCACAGCAGAAGGAUCAGCCACCGACGCAUCCGCCACAUCCGAUACAUCCGCCACCGAUGACGUUACAGAAUAAUUAUAACUGGAGCAAAGAUGACACAGCGAACCUGCCGUUGCAACAUAAUUGGCAGAAUCAUCCUGAUAUGCUGGGUCAGUGGCAGGAUCAAAGUAUUCCACAGGAGAUGCAGCAGCAACAGCCAACGGGUAACAAUAUGGGCAAUCAGUGCACACAACCAACGCCUCAAAUAUAUAACGCGCCUGUCGAGGGUGGCAAAAAGGAACAUUCCAUGAAUUGGUCCACCAGUGGGCAGCAGCAGAGUAACGAGAUGGUUAACAAGUCUAAUACUGCGUCGAGUCAGCAUCAAUCUUUACAUUUAGUACAAACAAAUAAUAAUGUGAAUGACGCGUUUGCCUCUUGGAUGCAGUUGGAUAGCACACAAUGGUUACAGCCAACAACAACAACAACAAUAACUAGUGCGGAUAACAGUUCAAUCGCGGACACGUCACAAAAUAAUAAUAAUGAUGCCAAGUUUGCUAUGAAUGAGUGGCAACAGAUGCACAUGACGCCAUUUCAUUAUAUUUCUGCAUCUACUACUGUACCUACCACAACCAUAGAAAAUAUUGUACAUACGUCCAAUAAUAAUAAUGAACAACGGGAGAACGAGAAGCAAACAACAACUUCUGUCGCGAAUACGCCUAACGAUUCGACUGGUCAGGCGAAAUCAAUCGAUGGAAUCAAGUCAUCGACUGGAGAUCAUAAUUUGAGUAUGCUGACCGAUGACAGCUUGAAGAGCGAUACUUCUAAGACUGUUAUUGUUGGCGAGAAGGAUGAUUGUUCGACUUUUGUUUCUACAACGGCAGAGGAAUUAACUGGCAAUUUUAAUCAACUUCAUCUUGGAAACAAAUCGAGAAAGCACAUAGAUUAUUCUCUAAAUGAAUCGUUAGAGGUGUAUUCGAGUUCUGCCCUUCCGGAAGGAAGAGCUCAACAUCCUACUAAUCUUGUUAACGUAGCAAAUAUCCGAGGUAAUCCUGUUCCCGACAAUAUGCCUAUGCUAUCUCCUGAUUAUGCGCCGAGCGGUCCAGAAAAUUCUCAUUCUAUCGACAGUCAGCCAAUUGUUAGUCAAGAACAUCUAAUGCCGUCAAAUACAUAUCAAAGUAGUGCUACUAAGAUAACGGACAGUCUCUCACAAAGCGGAUAUGAUCAGUGGUAUAAUCAAAACACAUUGGAGAAUGUGUGGUACACAAAGGACUACCAGCAUCGUCCGCUACCUCCCAAGCAAUGGAACACUCCCGAGCAGAACGUGGAGAACUACGAGAAUAUUCAACAAACGUCUGACUUUGUAAAUGUCGAAGUCGUUGCACCCGCGACGACAUUGAAGGCGCGCGAUAUCUACGGUUCGCGGGAUUCCAUAAAUAAGGAGACACUGGACAACGAUCCCAAGCCAAACGCAAGUCCUAAGGAGGCGAUAAAUAUCCGAGAUUUCAGGGAAGAGGUAAACAACAUCGAAGUACCAUCAAUGCAGCAGCAGGCGCGGUCUCAUCCACCUUUGGUGCCGGAACAGAUGCCCGAUAACUAUGAAUUUGCAUCGAAUGAUAGAAAUACGUUUUUGGAAACUGGUGAGUUAACGGACUCGCAUCAAGAACAACACGAACCAACGCCACCGAGUCAGGAUGAUGAAAACGACGAAGUGCCUAAUGAUAUUCCCUUUCUGCGCGAGGUACCCGGGCAAUCGAGCACCAUAGAUCCACGCAGAAACGAUCCUACAGGUCAGGAACAUCAUCACGUGCAGGCCGGGCAGCGUCUGUCCGACCCUAGGAGAAACGAUCCCUCGGGUCAGGAACAAAGUGUGCAAGUUAGAAACAUGCCUGACAGAGCGGAGCGCCGUGACAUUCUUCUAGGGCAAGAGAGAAACACUCCUUUGUUGUUACGUGGCGAUUCGGACACGCUGGAGCGACGGAACGAUCCCUCAGGUAGGGAACGUUCCCUUCCACCGCAACAGUCACGGAACGAUCCAUCGGGCGAGGAAAGGUAUCAGCUGCAGUCGCAAAUAAUGCUGGAGCCGAGCGAGACCCGCGAGGUGCUCGGCCGAGGCAACGAGCCUGAUGAAGUUACGCAGCAAACGGACGCGGAACUCAGGCAGAUACCAGGCGGAGCUUCCAACGACGUCGCGCAAUUAUCGGACGACAGAGCGACAGGUGGUAGAGUUGUCACUGGCUCUCCUCUUGAGAUUCCUGCGACGAUGCAAUCCGCGAUGCAGGAUCAGGCAGGUGAAUCGCGAAACAAGCGUGAGGAAGCGGUUGGCGCGUCUCUGGAGAGCGAGAAUCAAGGUAUCUCGUCAAAUCGUCGAAAUUCGUACGAGGACGAAGAGGACGAGGGCUCGCGCAACAGCCGAGAUGAGAGUAGAGAGAGACGACGGGAAACCAGUCCCGAUCGUCGACGAUAUGAGUAUGAUCGAAAGAACGCAUACUACGAUCGUGAAUACGAGGACGACCCUUACUAUUAUGAUCGUCGACGCGACAACGAUCGUCAGUAUAGUGCCCGCGAUGAUUUCGAACGAUGGGACGUCCCAUAUCGGGACGAUGAACGUAAGCAUCACAGUCGCGACGACCUGGACCGACCAGGUAGAGACGAUAUGGACCGAAGAAUCAGAGGAAAGGAAGAUAUGGAUGAGAGGGACGGUAGAAGGAGAUCGGAUGAUCGUAGAAGAGACAGAGGCGAUGAUCCACGUCGUCGCGACAGAGAUCCGAGAGAUUACGACGCACGAUAUUCUAGGGAUCCUAGGGAUAGAGAAUACAUUGAUCGUGACAGAAGAAGAGACGACAGACGAUCUCGAAGAUAUGAUGAUUAUGACAGAGAUCCAUACAGACGGGAUUACUACGACGAUCCUUAUGGAAGAAGUUCCAGGCCUUCAAGUAGAUCUUCUUACAAUGAUAGAGAUCGUGAAUACUACAUGCGUACGAGAGAUCCUUACUAUGCAUAUAAUGGAUACAGUGGUUAUGAUUAUGGUGCUCAUUAUGGCAACAAUUAUUAUGCAUAUCUUGAAAACUUACGUCGAACGAAUCCUGCUGCCUAUUCCGAGUGGUACCACAAAUAUUAUUCCAGUCAACAUCAGCAACAGCACAUUGCUAGAGGAGCCAGCAACUAUCCGGAGGAUAGAGCGAGUGUUCACUCCGGUCGUAGUUCCUGUGACGACAGAAUGACUGGUGAUAAACGAACAUUGGGUAAUAUGUCACUUAUGGAAGAUUCGAUAAUUACUUCUGCUCGAUUAACACCGACUAAAUAUUCCACAUCUCAUGCAUAUGGAUGCUUUUCCAUUGGAUCUUUGGUACAUGUUCAUCCAAGCUAUCCAGCUGAUGGCGAAAGAGCUAAAGUAGAUAUUUUUCGCAUAGAUAACUUGCUCUCGCAUGAUCCUAUUGCACGCGAUUUACGAUUAUAUCCAGGACCUCUAAUUAAUGAUGUGACGCACAAGAAUACCAUCAUAGAAUAUUGUGAGAACAAAAUUAAAAAAGCAGUGAUAAAUGAAGAAAUAGUCGAUCGCGCUUCUUACAUCUUACUAUAUGAACUGAUGAUUAUGCUAAUUCAACACAAUGGAUAUGUUGUUGGCGUCGAUAUUGCCGGGCUCUUAUUACGUAAUAAGGACGCUUAUCCUCACGACACGAAUAAAUUCAAGUCUCGGGAUGUGGGAUGCAGAGAAUCCCAAAUAUCGCAACGAUCCGGAGGGACGGGCAAUAACGGGAGUACCCAGGAUAUUUCAACACUAUCUGAGAAAACUGAAACCAAGCAGCAAAAAACUGUAGAACAAAUAACAGAUGAAUUCAGAAAUACAUUGCUCUAUGGACGGGUUCAAGAAGCAUUAGAAUAUGCGAUGAAUGAAGGACUUUGGGGUCAUGCUCUUUUCUUGGCUAGUAAAUUGGAUAAACGCACACAUGCUUCUGUAAUGACUCGUUUUGCAAAUAGUUUGCCACCACACGAUCCACUGCAGACCUUAUAUCAAUUGCAUUCUGGUCGUGUGCCUGCCAUAGUUACAUGCGUCGCGGAUCCACGUUGGGACGAUUGGCGGUCUCAUCUAGCUAUGAUUAUUUCUAAUACCUCGGCUAAUCCAGAAGUUAAUCGGCGAUCCAUAACGACCCUCGGGGAUACAUUAUUCACGAGAGGUGACAUCUACGCCGCUCAUUUUUGUUAUAUACUUGCUCAAAUUGAUUUCGGAGCUUAUGGAACUAAUGGAGUUAAACUCGUGUUGAUUGGCUCUAAUCACAAUAAGCCAUAUCCUGAAUUCUUCAACAUGGAAGCUGUCAUGUUAACAGAGAUUUAUGAAUACGCUCGAAGUCUUAGCGAUCCGAAAUUUACAUUAGUAGACCUUCAAACAUUCAAAUUUGAUCUAACCGUAAAGAUGGUGGAUUGUGGUUUGAUAGAAAAGGCUUUAUUGUAUAUCGAACAAAUCGCAACGAACAUCGCAAAUGACCCAUCAAAAUACAAGAAAUCCUUUAUCGAAGCGGUUUAUGUAUUGGGUGACCGAAUCAAAUACCAUGAUCCAGUCUAUAAAGAUGCUAUUGAAGAUGCUGCAAAUGUAACAUGGCUUACCAAAUUAGCGAAGAUAGUUGGAAAAUAUCAGGUAGAACAGACUAUCGAAGAGGAAACGUACGGUUCCGACACUCUGGGAAAAGAAAAUCAGAAAACUGUCAGCGAAAUGCCAUCAGAUUGGCAGCCUUUAUCUUUGCCCACGAACAUUCAGGAUCCGAACGCACAAUAUAUGGGAAAUGUAGAUGAAUCUAUUCAGUAUCAACAAUCGCAGCAGCAAGAUUAUUGGAACCUGCAAUCAUCGUAUUAUCAGAACAAUUAUGAAAGAAGAAAUGAGUCUGUGCCUAAUUGGCAACAACAAUCCAUAUCAGGCUUACCUACCGAUCAAACGGAAAUAAAUAACUCACAGCAGCAAGACAAAUGGAACUAUGAGGCGGAAAGGGAAGAUAAAACACCCACUCCUGAACCUAUGCAGCCAACAAUCUCUAUGACACCAUCAAUGAGUAAGCAGUAUGAUCCAUUAGAAGAAUUGGACGCGCUUGAGAGUCCACAAUUAGCCACUAAACCUGUAACGGACACGAAGAAAAUUACCGAGAAAACGGCUGAGAAAAAAUCCGUCGGCAGUGGUGGCUCCUGGUUCGGUGGUUUGAUCAGUAAAUUCGCGCCCAAGCCGAAAAAUCAAAUGAUAUUGCCAGACGAUAGCAACCCAAAGAUCAUAUGGGAUGAGGUCGCUAAGAAGUGGAUGAACAAGGAUGAGGAUGGUGACAUCGGUGUCGGAACAUUGGCCCCACCGCCCAAAACGUCUGAUAUGAAUUUUCGAGCACCAGUGAUGGAACUUGGACGCGAUGGCUCGCAGCCGCCUCCACCAAGUGCACACAACGAGGAUAUGUCAGCGACAGAUAUUAUGAAAUUGCCUACCGGUAACAAUAUGUUCAAACUGCCAAAGGGUAGGAAUACGCGUGCCAACUACGUAGACAUAAUGAAUCCCGGUGGAAAAUUCAAAAGUAGCGCGGUAUCUUCUAACAUUGCCACUCCCACAACAUCUCCGCUUGUACCCAUGGCUACCUCGUCCCCACAAAUGUUUAUCCCCGCGCCAAGAGAAGAAGAAAGAAGUAUCGCACGCAGAAUGCCGAUAAAUUAUGAGAUGUUAGGGAUGUGAAAAUUUUAUAGAGAGUAAAAGGAGGAAGAGAAGCGAAAUAGCACAUUAAGUAUGGCAAGAAUACGUUGUUACUAUAUCGGGCUUAUAUAAUAUUAUGAGAUAAUAUUGAUACACCAAUAAUACGCAACUGCCAUCAACGUGCGGAUAAUGCGAAAUGAGUUUGUAUCUCGUUAGAUUUGUAAGAUACGUCCGUUGGUGUCUAUCUUCAUGAGAAAUUUGAUAGUCUUAGUUGCGAAUAAGUGUUGCGUGUGAUAAUGGAAAGCGCGAAGAAUCCUAGCAGGAUAAACAAAAUAGUUCAAUGACUUUUUCGUUUUAUGUUGGGACGCCUCUAUCGGAAAAUAAAUAUCUUGGAAGAUAUAUAUUUUUCGGUAAAGAAUAAAUAUCUGCGUAAGUAAAGAUUUUAUUUGGCUCUUUACUUGGCUCAAUCUAUCAUUGCGCUUCGUUCUAUUCACGGCAAUUUUAGAAUUUUUUAUUAUAAAAAUAUUAUUGGCUGUAGCGGCUCGUCUCAAAUUUACUCUAGUAAAUGUUCUGCAAUAUUAUCCAGAUUAAGAAAUUCUUAAUUGUCUUAUGAAAAUGAUAGCAACGUUUCUAGCGCAUAAAUAUUUGUUUUGCCGUUGACCACAAUUAGAAAGGACUGGUUUUAGAAAUGCAUUUUUGUAAAUUGUGACACGUAAUACGUUUUAUAUCUAUGACAUACGAAUUAAGUGCGUAUAUUACAAUAUAUUAUGAUAUUAUAUUAUUAUAAUAUAUAAUAUGAUAUAUUUUACAAUGUAUACAAUUAUAAUAUUAUAAUAUGUAUAUGUUAUACAUGUUGAUGCUAUCACAGAGAAGUUGUCGCAUAUAAUUUUAUAUAUAUGUAUAAAAUUAUACGUGAACUUUAAGAUUUGUACAUACUCUAAAUGUAGUUUUCGUAAACUUAUUCUAUCACAAUUGUUUGUAUAGAGAAUUCGCGAGAAUUUGUUUUUUAAAUAGUCAAGACAACGGAUCCUGCGACCUUCGAUGAAAUAUACAAAUAAUCAGUCGCUCUAUUUGUGAUGAAUGGCAGCCUAUUACAAUUAACAUCAUCUCAACCGCGUAAUUGAUCGAUGACAAAUGUUUAUUGAAAAGCCUGCGCGUUGUCGUUACAGCGAAAUAUGUUAUAUACGUCUCUAAUUCUUGCACGAAAUCGAGCUUAAGUAAUGAACUUGGGUGGCGAUACGGAAUGUGCAAUUGAACCACCAUCUCUUUUUCCUUAUUAUUUGCCACCGUUUGUUCGUUGUGCAACAACACUUUAUUUAACAAGAUCAUUAACGUAAAAUACAAAAUGCGAUCGACUCGCCUGAAAGUGCUCGGAACAGAGAUAUUAUGUCGCGAUAGAAUGGCAGGCGAGAAGAAGAGAUUUUAAGAUUAGUGUUAAAGUUGAACAGAGAAGUAUUAAUCAAGCUGUAAUGUAAUGUAUGUAUAGACUGGUUUAUGGAAUGACGCGAUUUCAUCUUUGAUGUAACAUAUUGCUAUAUACGUUUACACAUUUUCGAAUUCCGAGUUGAUGUACGUUUAUGGGGAAAAUGCGGAUUAUAAUAUUGAUAAUAAUAACAAUAAUGAUGAUCUACACUACUGUAUAUUAUUAACAUUAGUAUUCACUGUCAUAAUUAUUAUUGAUAUUACAAUAAAGAAUAAUACAAAUUGAGA